ACUGGGUCUGGGGGCCAGGAAAGUCAAGAUGCGUCGUCAAGCACGUUCUACACAUAAGGAGAGGAGCCAGUGGGCAAAGGGAGGACACAGAGCUGAUCCCCGCCCAGGGAUGGGCUCCAGGCUCUGCAGCAGAGGGGUUCCCCAGUCCUCCUUUGAGCCCACACGCAGCCUAGCGGCGAGUUUGCGGAAGGGGCCAAAUCUCCCGACUGGGGGCAGCGCUGCAGAGGGGCGGACUGGGCGCUCCUGGCCUGGCUAAGCUUUGAGGGGCGGGUCUGGGCACUGCGCCUCCCGAGAUCAGGCCGCCGCUCUGGGCGCUGGGGGCGGGAAGGGGAGGAGCCACGUGGGGAGGAGCAAAACCCGGAGGUCCCGGGAACCUUGGGCAGAGCCAGAGCCUUUGGAGCCCUAGCUCCGUAGCACUGCCCUGGGAACGGCGCCGUCUGUGCCAAGCCCAGCCGCAGCCGCUCUAGCCCACGCGGUUGCUUGCCUUCGGUGCGUAGAGAGGGAGAAGGGCCAGUGCUGACCCGGGCUAGAGUCCCGCGCUCCUAUCUUAUUCCAGAGCUGCCCGGCUGCCCGCUGCCUCUGCGGCUCCAGAGGGGCCCAGCCCGACCUGCCUGCCACCUGCUUCCCGGUUGCGCCAUGGAUCCAUCGGAGAAGAAGAUAUCGGUGUGGAUCUGCCAGGAGGAGAAGCUGGUGUCCGGCCUCUCUCGCCGCACCACUUGCUCGGACGUGGUGCGGGUACUCCUGGAAGACGGCAGCCGGCGACGACGGAAGCAGCGGCGGGGCCGGCGGCGGGGUUCGGCCGGCGACCCGCCAGGCCCGGGGGAGCUGCCGAAAACCCUGGACGAGGACGACGAGGACGACGAUGAGGUGCUGCCUCCGGGCUUGCUGUGCGGGCCCCCGCAGUGCUACUGCAUUGUGGAGAAGUGGCGGGGCUUUGAGCGCAUCCUGCCCAACAAGACGCGCAUCUUGCGCCUCUGGGCCGCCUGGGGCGACGAGCAGGAGAAUGUGCGCUUCGUGCUGGUACGCAGCGAGGCGUCGCUGCCCAACACCGGUCCCCGCAGCGCCGAAGCGCGCGUGGUGCGCAGUCGCGAGCGCCCCUGCUCGGCCCGGGGGGUCCCGGCGCGGCCCAGCCUGGCCAUGACCCAGGAGAAGCAGCGGCGGGUGGUGCGCAAGGCCUUCCGCAAACUGGCCAAGCUCAAUCGGCGGCGCCAGCAGCAGCCGUCGUCGCCCUGUUCGUCCACUUCCUCGUCUACAGCUUCAUCCUGCUCAUCGUCGCCGCGGGCCACCGAGAGUGCAUCGGUGGAGCGCAUGGAGACGCUGGUACACUUGGUGCUCUCCCAGGACCACACCAUCCGUCAGCAGGUGCAGCGGCUCCGGGAGCUGGACCGCGAGAUUGAUCGCUACGAGGCGAAGGUGCACCUGGACCGCAUGCGGCGGCAUGGCGUCAAUUACGUGCAGGACACUUAUUUGGUGGGCGCAGGCACCGAGCUCGACGGGCCCAGCCGGGGAGAGGACCCGGAGGCGGCGGCGGCGCCGGCGACCCUGGACGGCGAGGCGCAGGCGGCGGCGCUGGAGGAACUUGCCCGGCGCUGCGACGACCUGCUGCGGCUGCAGGAGCAGCGGGACCAGCAGGAGGAGUUGCUCGAGCGCCUCUCGGCCGAGAUUCAGGAGGAGCUGAACCAAAGGUGGAUGCGGCGGCGCAAGGAGGAGCUCGCAACGCGCGAGGAGCCCCUAGAGCCGGAGAGCAGCCUCGACGGCGAGCUGCUGCUGGAGCAGGAGCGGGUCCGGACGCAGCUCAGCACCAGCCUGUACAUCGGGCUCCGGCUCAACACGGACCUGGAGGCGGUCAAGUCGGACUUGGAUUACAGCCAGCAGCAAUGGGACAGCAAGGAGCUGGAGCUGCAGGGCCUUCUCCAGACUUUGCACACGUUGGAGCAGACAAUAGCGCCUGAUGGGACUCCAGGCUCCGGCGGACCCUCGAGGGAACCCCGGCCUCAGGCCUGCGCUGAGGUGUGGGUGGACCAGGCGCGCGGACUGGCCAAGAGCUGUCCUGGCAACGACGAGGACUCAGACACGGGGCUGAGCUCUAUGCACAGCCAGGACUCAGACACGGUGCCCGUGUGCGAAUCCCUUGUGUAGGAAGAGCAGGGCCCGAGAGGGAGACGGACGCUUCUCCCUUUCUUGUAAAGCCGGGGCAGGGACUUGAAACCAGGCUGCGGGUGGGCGGGGAGUCUGGCCCGCAGCAGCGCUCCGACGGGGCCGGGAAGGGCUCGGGACGCCUGCCUGGCAGCGGCGCUCCUCUGGCUCGGGGUGAGUGUAGAGGAGGGUGUAGGACGAGGAAGCCGGGUCUCCAAUCCAAGCUCUUUUCGGGGAAGGAAGGAGGGAGAAGGUGAGAACCCCUUCCGUUGGAAAACAAAUGCCCCAGGGAAAUUGACGUAGUCCGAGCCCAAUUUCAAAAACAGAAAAAAGGGUAUUGUGGAGAUUUCACCAUUCUUCUACAUGGGAAGGACUGAUGGCAGUUAGACUUUUAGGUUGUGGCAUAAAAUGCUUUUAAAAGAAACACUUGGAUGAAAAGGAAAUUCCUUGAAUGUUAAUUGUGACUGUGAACGUGUUAAAACUAGCCAAAGAGGACGACGCACUGCUGUUGGUCUCAGUCUUACUUCCAUCUUUGAUAAAAUCCAUAGGCACCAAAAUCCUGCCUGUUUACAUUUCUGCAGAUUUGGGAAUUACCCAUCUGCUAAAUUGUUUGCCUUUUAGUUUCUUUCAAAGGCUGAACUGUAUGGAAGUCUAACCCCGUAUUUCCUCCUAGUAAAUACAGUAUGUUCAAAUGAGAUCCUUUUUCCAAAAUGACCUUUUAUUGUUACAAAAGCCAGACGUAACCCUUUUGAGAUAUAGAUGACGGACACAAUCUCUGGUUAAAAUUUAAUCUGGCUCCUUGGAAUUUGCCUCCCGAAAGGUAUGCGUGUUGUCCUUUCAUUCAUAUUGCCACUUCAUCCGCCCAAUCACUGUUAUUUCAGAAAAAAAUAAAAGGGAAGUUCCAGGAUUGAAGUUAAGUACAACUAAAUUUGCUGUUUAAUAAGCACUCCCGUUGAAACUAAGACUUGAAAGCAAAGCUCUUUGUUAGAGUUCAGCUUUUGAACUGAGUUAUAUGAUUAAAACCAACCAGGACCUCAACCUAUUUUACUCAAGCCUAAGUCUACCUUCAGUAUCUUUGGUCAGGAAUUAAUGUUACUUGCGCAAACCGAAAUUGAGAUAGUGUAAAUAUCAGGGUUUCUUAGAUAAGGCCUGAAAAAGAAAAAAAUACAAUCAAACAUCUAAUAGUACACCUUAGGUGAAUAGUUUGAUUACCAAUAGCAUGUAGCCAUAGAUAAAAGUAUAUCAAACUGAGGUAAUGAUUUGAAUUACUCGUGUCUGGCUCACACCUUUGCAGUCUCCGAGAUGCAAGUGCAACCUCUCUCUCUUCUCUCUCUCCCUCUUACCCUCCCUCCAUUUCUCCAAACCCUGGUGGGGACCCAACGUAAUCAGUCCAGUUAUUUCAAUGAAAACUUAUCAGUUGUAGCUAGUUGUUGCCCCUGUGGAAGGAGCCUGCUCUGCUGGCUGUGUUCCCUCUGGAGCUCAGUACUUCUGAGGAAUGUGGGAUCUAAUCUGUCCUGAGGAGGUGUUAACAAUGGGGUGUGUGUGUGGUGCCAGCCGAGUGCAGAAGCCUGGUAUCAACCUAACUGAGGAGGGGCUGGCUCCAGUUUCAACACUACAUGUGAAGAUAACUUAAGAGGUCUUGUUUUAUAGAGAAGUUUCUUCCCUUGGAGAGAUUCUCUGUCUCUCUAUUGCCAAUGGGGGCCUGCUCACCUGACCUCCUCAAGCCACGUGGACUGUCUCUUUUUGAGAGUCAGCCAUCAGCCUCCCCGCCCCCCACCGCCGUGCUAUUACAACAUGUGUGGAUAUUUUCAAAUUUUCAAGUAAAAUGGGAAUUAAAAGGCCGGUUUCUUAAUUGAUGUUUUCAGAAGACAUUAGCUGGCAUAAUUAUGGUUUUUUAGUUUCGUCUGAUGCAGAAAACAUCUAUGUAUUUGGUCUUGAGCAUGAUUAAAAUGAGGAAGGGACCGAAAGAAACCCACUGUCCCUAGACAAUCAUUUGAUCCCAUAAACACAAAGCCUAAUGAUAGCUUUCCUUUUGAGGCAGAGGUAAAAUCCUCAUUAGAGUGUGACAAACGCGACUUGUCUGAAUGGUUUAUGCUGGCAAUGGGCUGACCUAGUGGUUUUAAAAUUAUUGUGCUUUUUUUUUUCCCCCAGGGUGGUAGGGGAGGUGAUUCUUGGACGUUCAUUAACUCAAAAAGAGAACACAGAAGUUGGCAGAACAGGACUGCCUGACAGAAAGGGGCUGUUUUCCUUUUCACUAUUAUUAUUUUAAACUUUGACAGGCUGCUGACGUCAGCAAAUAUGCCUGAAGCUUGUAAAGCAAAUAAGCCACAUCACAGAGAGAAGGCCUGUGGGAAUUUUUCUGGUGCCUUUUUUCCAGAACCUUCCUGUCCUGGCCACCUGAAGAUGCCUCUCCAGUCAACUCUUCAGGCACCAAGCAGCCUUUGUUUUAUAACAAAAUGUGGCCCAGUCUGCCCAUUUUUUCUUUUAUCCAAAUCAAUUAUAUCCCCAAAAGGCACUCUCUGUGUGGGUAAGCAAAAGGAGAACAGGUGAGGGAAAAGGAAAGGAGACAAUGGUUCCUUUUACUAAGAGAUUUUGCAAGCCUGAGAAAGGUGAAUUAUGGGUAUAAAAAGCACCAAGACAGUGCCUGUGCCUAGAAAGUGGGUAACAAGUGCUAGACAUUUAAAAGAUCGCAUUCACUUUUUUUUAUGA